AUGUAAAUUCAGUGUGCGAUAAUAUUGAUGUUAUUAUUAUACAGAUCUGUGCUGGCAACGUGAACAAAGAGAAAAAUGUGUGCAGUGUAUAGGGUACAAGAGUUUAAAGUUUAAAAAUCAAACAAUUAAUGUUGAAAUGUUGAAGCGAAUAUAAUCUGUUAAUAAGUUAAUAAGCCGACGGUAAUGUGCUAUAAUUCUAUUGAUCUUUGAUUCAAGAUUCAAUAGAAGUUGCUACAAUAAAAACUUUGUUAUUCCUCAUUCAAAAACUCUCUGAGUCACCAACAAGACCAAAAAAGGAAAAACAUGGGUUCAAAGCGUAAUUAAUAAGCAAGAAAGUCGAGAGAAGAAAAGGAAGAUGAAUAUAACAUUCGCUAUUUGACCAGGACCAUCAAUCAGCAAUACAAAUUCAGUACAAAGAUAAAAUAAGGAAGAAAGAAACAAAAUCUAAAGGCAAAUCAAAGAAGAAGAAAAAAGAAAAAAUGAACGAAGUGAAAAAAUUCACGGAAUGAAGUUUUAAACUUAAAGAGAGCAGAACCAAGAGAAGAAGAAAAGAAAAAAAAGAAACCGAGUCGAAAAAAAUCGCUUCCAAGGCAAGUACAAUAAAGGGAUAAAAAAAGAAGAGAGGUGAAAUAAGGAACGAACUUUGCGAGGACAAUCUAGAACAAAGUUACCUAAUUAAAUAAGAAAUCAACGGUACAUUAAUUAUUAAAUCGAAUUCAUUAUACGUAUUUCUAUUGACGACUGAGAGUAUAUAUGUAUAUAUGCAUCUAUAUAUAUUAUAUAUUGAAGGUUAAUACACAAGAGAUUAUUAUUAUUAAUCGCUGUUGUUAAGAGAUAUUUGAUGUUUUAAGAUAUUAUCGAUGCAAAAAUUACUACCGAGAGAAAUAAAGCAAAAUAUUUUGAUUUUGUCCAAUUAAUAUUAAUUUGAUAAGCAAAAAAAAAAAAAAAAAAAGACGAAUUACUAUACGAGAUAAACGAAUUAACGAGAGACUAUAUAUAUAAAAAUAUUGAAAGCAGAAUGGAAUGAUUAUACGAUAAAAUAAGAGGAAGAAAACAAUCAGUUUAUGGAGAGACGAUAUUAUAACUGUAUUCGAGAAAUUAUAUGUAGAUGUUGAAGAUAUAUUAUUGUAUAGUUGUGUGGUAUCCAUAGGAUCCAUAUUUAAAGAGACUAUCGAACAGAAUUAAGUUUAUUUUAAAUUGUUAUUACUGAAUGUAAAGGAAAAGAAAUAUUUCCGAGAGAAAGAGGAAACGUCGAAAGAAGGAAGAAUAUCGAAGAAUAGAGUCUGAGCUUCAGAACAUCUUCGCGAGAAGGAGGAGGAGAAUGUUGCUCUGAAUUGCGAGACUAAGACGUCAAGGCAUCAAGAUGAAUCUGGAAGUGGAACUUAUCGCGGGGGUGAUUAUGGGCGGACCGCCCCCUAAAAAUCUGCCAGCGCCGAGGCUCAUUAAAAUCUUCAUCGCUGGAGAACCGAAUGAAUUUAUAGAGGAAAGGAAGCAAUUAUUGGAGCUUGUCGGGCCUGAGCUGCAAUCGAUUUACGACGACAUGGGGAUCGAGGUUCUAUUGAUGGAUAUGCAAUACGCAACGAAUGCGAACCCCGACAAAAAUCCAUACUUAGCUGAACAUUUCCUCGACGAAAUACACGCUGCUUAUCGACACUCGAGGGGCUGUUUCUUACUAUUACUGAUCGGCGAGGAGUACAACGUUGGCUGGGUACCAACGAAGCUCACUUCCGGAACGUACGAACUGCUUUCGAGUCACUGCGACAGCAUGGAAGAGUACUAUGAACUACGCGACGAUGAUGAUUGCUAUGUCCUAAAGGUUGACAAAUUGGAAACAUCAGAGGGCAGCUGGCAGAAUUCGGAGGCCUCGAUAAGGGAGGCGUUGAAAAAGGCCGCGGAAGCUGCGAUUUCCGAACAACCUGACAACGAAGAAGUUAAGAAUAUACUGAGAAGCACUGCGGAGAGACAGCUUGAAUACGCCUUGAAGCUGGACGAAACAGGCGAAGGCGUGAUAGCGGUGACACGUUCGUGGAAGGGGAAAAAGGCAGCCAGAGCAGUGGCCUCGUUAAAGUCGUUAGUGAACAGCCGUUUGCCACCUGACAACAUAAUCAACGUGGAAGUGGAUCAGAAACAAGGUGGAAUCAAUCCCGAUAACAGGUCACACAAGGGUUACCUGGCGCAUCUUUGCCGUCUCGUGGUGAAUCGCGUGCAGAAUCUGGUGAACAGCUCGAUCGAGGCCGACCCGGAGAUCAAGAGUAAAAAGAAGAUGGUGCAGGAGAUCUACGCGGAGAGUUUGAUGCAUUUGGCGCUCCUUCGAGAGGUUAAACCUAGCGAAGAGAACGAGAAUGUCGAGAGGAUCAAGGAGACCUUGAUAGCCGGUAAAUCGCAAAAACACGGCCCGAUACUAAUAAAGGGCGGCAAAUACUCUGGGAAAUCAUCGUUAUUGUCAAGAAUAUACGCGGAUGCCUCCUCCUGGUUGGAUUGCGCCACUUUCAGGGUGGUCCGGCUCUGCGCUUCCACUCCUCGAUCGGCGUACAGUCUCGAGCUACUUCGAGUGCUUUGUCAACACGUGGGUUUCCUAUCCGGUUCGUUGGACGGGAAUCUUCCUCAAGAUGCCUCGUUCGAUCCUCUUUAUCUGAACAAUUGGCUGGGUCAAAUUAUGAGACGGAUCGAGGAGGAACCGAUGAAGGAGCAGUUGGUCAUUCUCCUCGACGAUCUUCAUCGAUUGCAUCCCCUCGAUUGCGACAUCGUCGCUGCUCUGUCCUGGUUGCCCCUGAAUCUUCCACCAGGAGUGCAUUUAAUCGUGACUACAGCCUUUCCACCGGAGGUACUGCGUCUCACCCCGGUACAGAAAGAAAGGCUGCGCAGCAGCGAGAUUUUAAUCGAGCUGCAGGACCCGGGCAUAGAUUUCCACGAGACGGAGAAAGUUUUCGGCACGUUGGAGAGAUUAAUAGGUGAACGCGCGGCUAACAGAAUCGGGGCCAUUCUGGCUUCGACGGAGUAUGGUUUGUCGGAGACGGAGAUUCUCGAAGUGAUCAUGCCAACUGGAGGAGACGGGCCACUGUUUUUGAACGACGGUUUGUUCAAUUUUAGUACCUGGUGCUUGGUUAGGAGAACCUUCAACGAAUUCCUCAAGGUGCGCGUGAUGAGCGGAAGGCUGUUAUUCUCGUGGCGUUAUCCGAUCCGCGACCUAGCUCGAAAGAGAUACUUCCCCAAUCAGGAAAUAUUGAAGAGCUACCACGGCGAAUUGGCGAAUCUCUUUUUCACGGAAGAUUUCGGGGAGAACGAUGAUAAAUCUUCGCCUGAGGAGGAGACUCCGAAGAAGCAGACGCCAUUCCAGAGCAGACCGAGGUCGCAAGACACAGCGUACAACUUGAGACACGUGGAGGAAGCUUGGUUACAUUUGCUGCGAGCUGGAGACGUGGAGAAGCUGAAGAAGCUGGCCGUCUGCGCGUUCGAUUUCCUUCUGGCAGCCGUGCAAAUGAUCUCCGUCAGUUACCUAAGAUGUGUCCUCGAACACUCGAGGAAGUAUUUGCUGGAGAGGGAUUUGGAAUUGGUUUACUACACGGUGAGAAAGUCCAGUGACAUUUUGACGAGAGAUCCUCUUCAACUCGGGGCGCAGCUGAUCUGUUGGCUUAGACCUGUGGCUGAAGAUGGCGGUGAUUUGGUCAGUAGAAUGGUUACAGCGGCGAUGGCGUGGUGCGAUGGUUAUACAGCACCGUUAUUGGUACCAUUAAAUGGAUGGCUUCAACCGCCUCUACCUCUUCAAAUUCGCACUUUGUCUUGCCCGCAAGGCGUGAAACUGGUCGAGGCUGCUCCUUCAGGGCAACAUGUUAUCAUUGUCCCUUUCCAAGGGGAUGCUCAGUUAUGGCACGUGAUGUCUGGACAAUUGGUUCAUACCUUCAAAGGACAUUCGAACCCGAUCUCGUGUUUAGCCGUGACGCAACACUCGCAGUAUCUACUGACAGGCUCCGAAGACACAUCGAUCAUAGUCUGGGACAUGAAAGAAUUGACUUUGAAGCUGAGAAUCCAAGAACACAUCGCCCCAGUUCUGUGCUUGACGUCCGCGCUCAAGAAUUCAGUGAUUGUCAGCGGCGGGGAAGAUUCCAGAAUAAUCGUCACCAGUCUUCUGACCGGCGAUGUUCUCAUCAAGGUGGACCACCACAGAGGACCAGUGAACUCCAUUCGCGUCGAUUCUGCGGGGGAGAUCCUCGUUUCCGGUUCCUCGGACUGUACAGUUUGCCUCUGGUGUCUGGAACGAUUCACACUGUUGAAGAGCAUUGUUUUACCAUCUGCUGUGACGAUGCUCGACGUGUCAGCGGACUCGGUGUUCCUGUUGGCGGCCUGCGAGGAUCAAAAGUUGUAUUUGAGAUCGUUGGCGACAGGGACUGAGAUUCAUACGUUGAGAGGGCAUCAAGGCGAAGUGAGGAGUAUCUGCUUGGCGAGGGAUUGUAGAAGAGCGAUUGCUGGAGGAACCAAGGGCAAGGUUUCUGUGUUUGACAUGCAUAGCGGAAGAUUGACAAGAACGUUGCCGACAAAUCCCAGUGCAGAUGUUACCGCUGUCAAGGUGACGGAAAAGGACGACUUCCUGAUAACAGCUUCCGGUGAUCGGGUGGCUUAUUGGAGUUUUCGUGGCGAGGAGGCCCACACUAAACCCCAAAAGUCCAUGAAAGAAGUAACGUUACACCCGCACACUGCUCCCAUAUCAUGCUUGGAUAUAUCCAGGGACGGGGCAAUGGCGGUUACCGGCGGAGUCGAUUCUCUCGUAAAUCUCUGGCAAUUGAAUACUCAUGAGCUGCUUUCCACUUUCGAAGGACAUAUCGCUAGUGUCACCUGCAUUGCAUUCUCAGCUUCUGGUUUAUUUGUUGCUUCCGGUUCCGAGGACAAGACAGUUCGCGUUUGGGGCCUGACUUUAGGUUUACUGGUAUCGACGUUUAAACACCAGGCACCUGUCACUGCUGUGACGGCUAUGUUCGACGGCCGAAGGAUAAUCAGUUCUGAUAGGGCUGGUUCGAUUCGAGUCUGGGCAGCUGACACUGCCACCCUAAUUCAGUCAGUGUGUGGGCCUGGACGGUGUUUCACAGUUUCUUCUGAUAUGAGAUACGGAGUAUGUGGAACAGGAGACAAUCAAUUAAGAAUAGUAAGUUUAGGAGCCGGCCCGGAAGAAAAGUACCAAGUGUCGCAUUCUCAAGAAAUCACUUGCCUAGUUGUCACUCCGGAUUCUCGCUCAUUGAUCACCGGCUCGAGAGACAUGAGUUUGAAAGUGUGGCAGCUUGCCGGUGGCAAAUUAUCGCAGGUUCUCGUUGGUCACACGGAUCACGUCACCUGCGUCGCAGUUUCGGUGCUCGACAAAUCAAUCGUAGUCUCUGGCUCGAGGGAUGCCAAUCUAAUCGUCUGGGAUAUCAAUACCGGUAGCGAUCUGCACACUCUGAAAGGUCAUCUAGGAUACAUAACGUGCGUGAAACUGUCGGGCGAUGGAACAUUGGCUGCGUCUGGAAGCGAGGACAAGAGUCUGAUCAUCUGGGACACGAAAAAGGGCUGUUCACUGAGUAGCAUAAUGCUGCACGUUCCUGUGUUAGGUGUGGAACUGGCUACCGAUCUGUCGAGGCUCGCGUUGUAUUUACUCGAGCACAAAUGCAUGCCCAUUCUAUGUUUGCACAAUACUCCGGCACAGUAUGUCAAACUGCCGGAUUAUGUGGCGCCUUGGUGCGAUACUAGAGAUUUGAGGCCACGAAAGAGACCGAAUAAGAGAUUAUUGAAGAAAGAAGUGUCAUUAGAUAGCGACACGUGGCAUAGGAAAUAUGGCCAUCUUACAUCAGGAAUCUUGACGUCGUCGGUGGAGGACGGUUUACAACGACGAUUUAGCGUAAGCGCUUCCAUGGACGAGAUUAGCAAAGUCGGAUUGACGAGUAGCCCGUCCGGUUUAGGGCCGGAACAAGCUGCUCUUGCUCAGUCGCAACAUUUCGAUCAGCUCGAAGCUCUUUGGAACAAACAAUCGCCGCCUGCUAGACCUCGUGCUCACGGUAGAACUCUGUCGAAACAAAGCUCCUUGCAGGCUACGCGAAUAUCCGAUUCUGAGGAAGAAGGUGUACCAGAUUAAAAUAAUACCUUGGUAGAAACUAAACGGACUAAAUCCUAAUCUUCGUACCUUCUUCUUUUUCCACUGUCUUUCGAAAAA